AUUUAAUCAAAAUGACGAAAUACGAGGGUAGCUCAGUUUUUCCUACCUUCCGUUCGAAGUUCAAAUCCUCAUCUCUUCUUCACCUACCCCGUCGAGCGAAGCACCGUCCAGGCACGUGGUUUCCGAAAGAUGGACCAAGGUACCGCCACUACCGCCACUACCGCCAGUAUGAAUUCGGAAGGUUACCCUGUUCUGCUGUUGCCAAAAAAGUGCACUACCUUAGAAACCAACUGUGAAGUCUCCGAUAAUGUAUUUAUUGAGUUGAAUAUUUCAUCUCCUGAUACUGAAGGGAAUGAAAUGUGUAUUUAUACAGGUUUCUGCAAUGUGAAGUUGAUAGACAGUUACGAUAUGAAUCUAUGCCAUAAGACUAAGGAAAAUGGUCCGUCGGAGUAUAACGAUAAUGACCUAAUUUCUGUGUUAGUUGAUGAGUCUGGUAACCAGAUAGCUGAUUAUAAUCAGAGUCAAGUAUGGAUAGAUCCGGCUAGGAGUCCAUUUGUGUAUAAUCACUAUGACACGGAUCAGCAAGGGCAUUACUCAAUCUACCACAACACUAGAACGAAUCACAUAAGAGUGGAACAACACAACACUUACAUCACUCAAAAUGUGUAUAAUUAUAAUAAAGAGCCUCCAACAUACCCGACAGACAUAUUUGAGCAUAAAAAGUUCCGUAAAGUUCAGGUCAGUGAAUCUAGUACCCAGCAGAAUACCACGGACCCUAACUUCAACUUGUAUGAAGAAGAUGAGUUCGAGUGUGGUGUGUUUUUAUCGCAACUACCUGAGGAGAUCUUACAGGAGAAAGAGAAUAGAGUUAGAGAGGAACAGAAAUACAUUGGUAUACCAAGUGAGAACGAAGCAUUGAAGCAACUGAUGUCAUCGGACAUUCAGUCUUCUACGAAGCAGCGGAAGACUAUAUUGUUCCUAGGCCAUGAUUCUCAUUACGGACAGACUAUACAGAAGAUUGCUAUGAAUGAUCCGUAUUUGGUGUGUUCAGUGAAAGAGGAAUGCAAUUCACAGGUUGUGUAUGAAGAGCCCGACUACAGCAACCCAAGUCAGAAGAAAUACCAGUGCGACAAAUGCAAGCAGAUCUUCGAUCAGAUCAUAGAGUUCAGGCAGCACAUGGUUGGAGACCACAUCAGCCCCAGAACCUACGACGGCAGAACAGUAGGCGAGAUCAAAUUCCUCUGCACGGAAUGCGGCAAAAAUAUCAAAUCGCAAAAGAAAUUCGAGCAGCACUGCAUGUCGCACGGCGACCCAGAGCUAGAAUGCAGCAAGUGCCACAAAGUAUUCGCCUCAAAAUUCACCUUGCGCGCACACAACAAGAUCCACUCUCGGAAAUACGGAUGCGUGUAUUGCUCUAAGACUUAUUCUAAGGCAGAUGGAUUGAGAACUCAUGUGGCUAAGAUACAUUGUGUGUUCAUGUGUGAACAUUGUGAUUUUAAAAGUAAUAAAAGGAAUGAUUUGAAGGAGCAUGAGAAGGAACAUAAUGUGUCGGAUUUUGAAACUUUGAGCGCUUUGGAUGAUUCUUGUGAGUCAGAUAUUAUUCAGCUAAAGCCGGAGGUGACAGAGAAGUCAGAUUUGGAUCUAAAAUACGACGAUGGCCACGAAGAGAACUGUGUGAGGGACGAGGAUAUCCGCAGGGCGGACUCUGUCAUAGCUAAGGUUAUGUCCAACGAGAUUUUUGGAUCCAAGGGGAAGCCGCGGCAGUACAGGAAGUGCAAUAAGGUAUGCGACGUCUGCCUAAAAAUCUUCGACCGCAUUGGCGACCUAAAGCGACAUCUGAUCGAGCACAUCAUUAAGAGCACCCUGGACAAAAUACCGGUCAGCAGGAACGGAAUAAACAUACAGUGCGAGGUCUGCCAAGCGGAGACCUUCACUAAAGUCGACAGGUACAAAGCGCACCUCCGCGAGCACGCCAAACUGACCAUCUACAAGUGCACAUUCUGCGACAAAUCGUUCAGUGACUCCAGCAACUUCUCCAAACACAAGAAAAUCCACGGCACCACCUACCUGCAGUGCGACCUCUGCGCCCGCAAGUUCAACUCCAAACGAAUGCUUAUACAACACAUGGAGUACCACAAUAAAAACGACCCGAUCCCCUGCCAAUUCUGCCACAAAAUCUUCCACUUCGAAUCCAUGCUCAACAAACAUAUCAAAUGCGCACACGCGAACACCCUAAACAAAUUCAAGUGCCGAUUCUGCUGUAACUACUUCAAAACUCUAAAAGAAAAGUGGGACCACGAAUGGUCCAUACAUAAUGUGAGGAAGAUGAUCGUCGAUUGUUUAAUCUGCGAUUCAAAGUUUAGGAAGUACACUGAGUUAAAAAGGCAUUGCUCUAUUGUACAUAAUGUUGAGAUACCGCCCGCUAAAAAGCUUUUGCCGAAGUAGGUUCGUCCGGUUGAAGUUACUCGAUUUACCAUAAGUAUCAAAAUAUCCACAGUUUUACUAAAAAAAAGUCUUUUAUAUUUUGUAUGUUAACAUGAAACGUUUUUUUAAAUAUCUAAUUAGUUAUCCCAGGAUGGUUAUUGAUUAAUACUUUAUUUUAUUACUUUACAUAACUUAUAAAACCCACUAGUAUGGUGUAUUGUGUGACCAAAAAAGUUGUAGAUUUUAACAAGCGAUUGGCGGAUAAUAGGAUAUUAAUAAGCAUAAUAUAGUUACUAACUCACAAAAUGUUUAAUAUUUUUAUUUGCAAUAGGAUUACUAAAACUUUAAGAUUACACUGUUUGUACUUCUUAGCAGGUAACUAGCGCCAUCUAGGUACAAAAUGAUGAACUGUUAAUAGUUCGUAGAAACGCCACCAGAUCAAAGUGGCGCUAGUGGCGAAGUACUUUUACCAUCCGCAAAAAUAAGUGUGUAUCAUGUUUUUCUUUAUUUAGAUUUUUAGAGAGAUCAAGACUGAAAUCAUGAAGUUAUUCAAGUUAAGUCAGUACAACAAAGACUGUACGUAUU